GUGUGUUUUGUUCCAUAUAUCUUCUUCUUCUUCUUCUUCUUCUUCUUCUUCUUCUUCUUCCUUGUCUUUCAAAGUUCAAAAUUUUUUCAUCUUCCAAGACAUUUCUUUAAAAGUGAAGUAUCACAUAUAAAAUUUGAUAAUCGAUUAAUAUGGCUGAAUUUUGGCUCAUGAUCGUACCAAGUCUCAUCUUCUGCUUGGUUUUGGUAAAAGUGGUGGUUUCAAAGAAGAAUAAGAGAAAUAAGAAGAGGAACAGUAGAUGUAAGCUUCCUCCUGGUUCAAUGGGAUGGCCUUACUUAGGAGAGACUCUACAACUUUAUUCACAAGACCCCAAUGUUUUCUUCACUUCCAAGCAAAAGCGAUAUGGAGAAAUAUUCAAAACUCGAAUCCUCGGCUAUCCUUGCGUGAUGCUGGCUAGCCCCGAGGCAGCGAGGUUUGUGUUGGUGACUCACGCUCAUCUGUUCAAACCAACGUAUCCGAGAAGCAAAGAGAAGCUAAUUGGACCCUCUGCCUUAUUUUUCCACCAAGGAGAUUAUCAUGUCUAUAUAAGGAAACUUGUUCAAUCCUCUUUAUACCCUGAAACCAUCCGUAAACUCAUCCCAGAUAUUGAACACAUUGCCCUCUCUACGUUACGAUCUUGGACCAAUAUGCGUAUUAUAUCGACAUACCAAGAGAUGAAGAAGUUCGCUUUUGAUGUGGGUAUUCUAGCCAUAUUUGGCCAUUUGGAAUGUUCUUACAAGGAGAUCUUGAAACAUAACUACAAUAUUGUGGACAAAGGCUACAACUCUUUCCCAAUGAGUCUCCCAUCUUAUCACAAAGCUCUCAUGGCGAGGAAGCGGCUUAAGACAAUAGUAAGCGAGAUCGUACGCGAAAGAAGAGAGAAAAGGGUCUUUGAAAUAGACUUUCUUGGUCAUCUACUCAACUUCAAGGACGAUAAGGGUCGUGUGCUAACCCAAGAACAGAUUACGGACAACAUCAUCGGAGUCCUUUUCGCUGCACAAGACACGACAGCUAGUUGCCUAACUUGGAUUCUUAAGUACUUACAUGAUGAUCAGAAGCUUCUAGAAGCUGUUAAGGAUGAGCAAAUGGCUAUAUAUGAAGAGAACAGUAAAGAAAAUAAGCCUAUAACAUGGGGACAAACGAGGAAUAUGCCACUAACUCAUAGGGUUAUAGUUGAGAGCUUGAGGAUGGCAAGCAUCAUAUCCUUCACAUUUAGAGAAGCAGUGGUUGAUGUUGAAUAUAAGGGAUAUCUGAUACCCAAGGGAUGGAAAGUGAUGCCUCUCUUUAGGAAUAUUCAUCACAAUCCGAAAUAUUUUUCAAACCCUGAUGUUUUCGACCCAUCUAGAUUCGAGGUAAAUCCGAAGGCAAAUACAUUCAUGCCCUUUGGAAGUGGAGUGCAUGCUUGUCCCGGGAACGAACUCGCCAAGUUACAGAUUCUUAUCUUUCUGCACCACUUAGUUUCCAAUUUCCGAUGGGAAGUGGUGGGAGGAGAGAAAGGAAUAGAGUACGGUCCAUUUCCAAUCCCUCAAAAUGGUCUUCCCGCUACAUUUCGACGGCAUUCUCAUUAGUUCUUCAACAUUUAUAGUUUAAUAUUAAUCUUGUCUUAAUUAGCCUUAGUUAUGCAAUAAUGAAAAUUCGAUAAAAAUUUGUAAAACCCCUUCUAAUUGUUUAUGGUAGUCCUUGGGUGGGGUUUAACAUA